UAUUAAAAUUAUUAUACAAAAAUGUUCUUAUUUUUUAUAAUUUAAAACUAAUUUGGAUUAUUCUAUUAUUUAACAUGGAUAUUAAACCAGGAAGUCCUUAUGAUAUAAAUGGUGCGUGUUUUAACGCAGAUAUGUACGUUAAAAAAAUACUUAAGGAAUCAAAUUUAAAACAAGUUAUGGAUCAUGAAAGAGAAAUACAUCAAGACAUUCAAUCAUUACAUUCUGAUAUGCAGACUUUAGUAUAUGAAAAUUACAAUAAAUUUAUUUUAGCAACAGAUACAAUUGGAAAAAUGAAAGAUGAUUUUAAAAAUUUAGAAGGAGAUAUGGAAAUGCUCUUAUGUAAAAUGGAUGAAAUUACUAAAUCUUCAGAAACAAUUACUUCAUCUUUACAUGCUAAUAGAGAUGAAAUAUCAAAACUUUCAGAAACUCAUAAAUUAUUAAGACGUUUUCAAUUUGUUUAUACUCUACCGACUACUCUAAAAAAACUUUUAUUAAAAAAAGAUUAUGUACAGGUUGUUCAAGAAUAUUUACAUGCUCAAAGAGUUUUGACUCAAUAUGGAAAUCAAGAAUCAUUAAAAGGAAUACUUGAUGAUUGCAAUAAUAUUGUGAAUGAAUUAAUGAAGAUUUUAUAUAGUCAUUUAAGGGAUAAAGAUGUAUCAGGCAAAGAAUUAACAAAAUCUGUGGAUUUAUUACUUCAACUGGAUGAACCUGUAUUAUCACUUUGUAAAGAAUUUUUGUUACAUUCAAAAAAUCGUUUAUUUGAAUCAUUGGAUGACCUUCAGUUACAAGUUGAAAAUCUUAAUCAAGAUAUGAUUGAGUUUAUUGACUUAGGAAGUGAUACAUUUCUUAGUCAAUUAUGUUUGGUAAUAACAUCAUUUAAUGAUAUGUUUAUUGAAAAUGUUUUAAAAAAUGAUGGAAACGAAGAAAGUGAAAUAACUAUGAAUCAAUUAAGUAUUUUUGUUGAAGACAAUAUGGUCAGAUACUUAGAAAUUGUUCAGUGUUAUAUUGAUAGAAAUACUAGUGAUACAGCUAUUCUAGUUAGAGCUUUAGAUAGAUUUUAUAGAAAAAUUCAAGCAAUUGGAAAAUUAUUUUCGUAUAAGGACUUUACAUUAAAUGCUUUAGAAAUAAUAUCUUCUGCUGCCCGCCGCCAAACCAAAUUACAUUUAGCUAUGUUAAAAGCACAUUUUAAUGAUAAACUAGCCACUAUACGUCAGUCAUUAGUGUCUCUACAAAAAUUGAAUGAUAAUGGAUUUGCAACAGAAUCAUUGAAUUCUUUAACAUCAGAUGUAAUAGAAAAAGUGAAAGGAAUUUUACAAGAUAUUUCUGCAUUUUUAGAACCAGAAGUAUCAUUUUCAACUAAAUAUACACUUCGAAAAUCUAUUAGUGUUGAUAAUGUACGUGAAGGACUUGUUGUUGGAUUUUUACAUUAUUUAUCAUCAGCGGCUCGAUCAUACACUAUAAGCAUACCUUGUCCACCUGCUUUUCUCUUUUUGAUAAUGACAAAAAUGUGUCUUGAGUAUCAAAUGUCUGGUGUUGGCUAUUUGUUACAUCUUGUGGAUGAAAUGUAUGAGAUUAAUAAAUAUUUUGAAAACAAACCUAAGAAUUCUUCACAACUCAGUUCUGAAGCUGAGCUAGCAUCAGAUAUGCAUUCUACUGCUCAAGAUCUUGUAAAUUAUUAUGUUCGUGUUGAAGGAUUAUCCAUAUCCCAAAUGCUAAAAAAGUCUGUUGAAACACGGGAUUGGCUUCAUAGUUUAGAACCAAGAACAGUACGUGCUGUUAUGAAACGAGUUGUAGAGGAAAUUACAUAUGUUGAUAGUCAAGUUGGUGAAUUAUUUGAAGAAGGCUUACGUACAGACAGAAGUAGUGAUUCAAGUCGUAGGACUCAAAUGUCUAGACACAUAAGAGCAUGGUCAUCUGGUGGUACAGCUACAAACACCCAAACAUUUUCAGCCAUUAAUCGUUUAUUUUCUGAACGUAUUGAUAUUUUUUCACCAGUUCAAUUUUCAAGAGUUUCUAUUACCACAGGCAUUAUAAAAAUAAGUCUAAAAACACUUUUAGAAUGUGUUCGUUUAAGAACAUUUAACCGUUAUGGACUUCAACAAGUUCAAGUGGAUAUACAUUACUUACAACUUUAUUUAUGGCGUUUUGUAUCAGAUGAAAAUUUAGUUCAUUUGCUUUUGGAUGAAAUAUUAAGCAGCUCUGUGCAUAGGUGUUUAAAUCCAGUUUUAAUGGAACCCAGUGUUGUUGAAAUUAUUUGUGAAAGAGGAUAAAUUUGUUUGUGUUCAUAUUUUAUCUUUUUUAAUAUUUAUUUGGUAAA